UCGAGUCCAUCUAACAACAAUUACGUUUUCAAGUUAAGAAGUUUUGAUUCUGCAGUUGACCGAAAAUGUCGAAUACGUCCCAACCAAUUCCAGCAAAGGUAACUCCGAUUAAUGUCCGAGUCUUUGAGCUACCAGAGUAUAUUUUCGUACAGACAAAGCUGAUUACACCACGCUACGCCUUGGAUAAUGGGAUUGUUCCUGUCCGCCUAAAGAAGACAUGGAGACGGACGAAGCCUGCUUGUGCCGACCAGCCGCCCAAAAGUGAGCGCCAUCUACCCAAGUUAGUGCCGCUGGGCACCCGCAAUGACCAGCAAAAGUCAUCGGAUACCAAGAAUCCCGUCCGCGAGCGCUACAUCCAGACGGAGGAAAAGCUGACGUGCGAUGUGGGAGUGCAAUGCGACACAGACGACUGGGAGGAGCCUGUGGACAUAGUGGCCGAAGGGGCAUUGUCGAAUGGAGAGGAGGACGACGAAACGAAAUUCAUCACAUUCGUGGGUGAGAACACAUCGAUGACCCGGAACGGAAUGAUGGAGUGCCUGGUCUGCGGCGAGGUGGCCCGUUCCCUGCAGCAGCACAAGAGUCACAUUGUCAUGCACUAUGGGCCACCAGUACUCUGCUGCCUUUGCGGCGAGCUCGUUGAACACGAGCACAUGCUGCGCAGACAUAAUCUCAUCUGCCCCUCACGUCCAUCGAAGAAGCCGUCAAUUUUCCUCAAGUGCCCGAAUAGGUUCUGCAAUGUUGUGACCAGAACGCAGCCACAGUUGUACAAACACCUACGCACACACGAAAAACGGCCAUUCUAUCGCUGCCUGCAGUGUCGUUUGUAUUUCAAGACUGCUAUUUCAUUUCUUCUGCAUCGCAAGAAAAUAGAAGGCUGCGCCAGAUCAAAGGCGCUUUUACUGUUCGACAAGCAUUCGGCAAUGCAAGGCAAGGGAAAUCUCAAGCGCUGCACAGUCUGCCUGAAAAAGUUCAGCAAUGAGCGGGUGUGCGGCAUUCACAGGCUCAACUGCAUGCAGGCGCAUCACAGACGACUGACAAGAAAACUCUUCAAGACCUCGAAAUUGGCCUAAACGAUAUUUAUUUAUGUAAAUUGAUAACAAUAAAUCGAAGCAGCACCUA